AGGAUGUCUUCAUCCAGCAGACACAGGACACCAAGAACCCUGUUAUCUAUGCCGUGUUCUCCGCUUCGGGGUCGGUCUUCAAGGGCUCUGCUGUCUGUGUCUACUCCAUGGCCGACAUCCGCAUGGUUUUCAACGGGCCCUUCGCACACAAGGAGGGACCCAACUACCAGUGGAUGCCCUACACAGGCAAAAUGCCCUACCCCCGGCCAGGCACUUGCCCUGGGGGGACCUUCACCCCAUCCAUGAAGUCAACCAAGGACUACCCCGAUGAAGUGAUCAACUUCAUGCGCGCGCACCCGCUGAUGUACCACGCCGUCUACCCCACCCACCGCCAGCCUCUGGUGGUCCGCACCAACGUCAACUACCGCUUCACCACCGUGGCCGUCGACCAGGUGGACGCGGCAGACGGGCGCUAUGAGGUGCUUUUCCUGGGCACAGAUCGGGGCACUGUGCAGAAGGUCAUUGUGCUCCCCCGGGAUGACAUGGAGACAGAGGAGCUCAUGCUGGAGGAGAUCGAGGUGUUCAAGGUAAGGGUUGUCCUGUCCUCCACCUUCUGCUGA